AUGUCAGACCCCAAGUCCACAAUCUCCAUCUCCCGCUCCACCUCCCUCGAGCCCGACGUCCUCCAAUUCGGGAUCGACGCCUUCAAACUCCUCUUUGCCCCGCGCAACCCCGACCCCUCUGUCCUCCCUGCCGACUUGAUCAACUUUGAGGCCGUCUACUGCUCUCCGGACCCUUCCACCUCCGGACCGGCUUGCUUCCUCUCUGCGCGGGACAACUCCGUCCCCUCUGGCUCUGGCGACGGCGGCUCCAGCGGGCACCCCAAAGGGAAGGUAGUUGGGAUCUGCGCCUACCGGCCCUAUCUCCACCGUCACAGGGACAGCGCAGGAAACCUCCGUCCAGAGCUAGUAUGGGAGGGCAAACGAACGGCCGAGGUGGUCCGUCUCUUCGUUUCGCCAGAGUGUAGGGGCCAGCGCCUAGCGCAGAGGCUUAUAGAGCGCUUGGUACAGGAGGCGGAGAAGGACGGGGUGGAGGUGCUGUAUCUCCAUACCCAGCCGUUCUUGACAGGCGCGGAGCAGUUGUGGGCCAAGAUGGGGUGGAAGCUGUUGGGGCGGGAUACGGAUUAUUGGGAGAGUAUACAUAUGGUCAGGAAAUUGUAG